AUGGCAAAGCGCAAGCGAGAAUCCUCCGCCGCGUCUCCAACACCUCAGAAAGCAAAGAAGCGCGCAGCAUCCAAAGUCCAACAUCCUCACGGCAAAAUCGACGCCGAGAAGGAAUACAAGGUCCGAGAAAUCAUUGGCGAAAACAAACGCCAGUAUCACAUUGCCUGGGAAGACGAUUCCGACACCGGCGAAGCGUAUCCUCCAACUUGGGAACCAAAGGAAAACGCCAACGAUCUCGCCAUCGCCGACUGGGAGGAGAAGAAGGCGACCAAAAACAAACGUGCGCGAGGCAGACCCCGCGCGAACAGCACUGCGGCUCCAAAGCAGCUACAACAUCAAUCGCCUGCAUCAACAAGCACGCCUGUUUCUCGACCGAAAGGACGGCCACGCAAGCAACGUAACAACGUCAUAGUCGAGAGUUCAUCCGAUCUGCCAUCUACUGAACCUGAGCCUGUCGACGGCAACGGGGUCGGCGACAUCGAUCUUCCUGAGAUUGGUGAAAGCCAGCAGAGUCUACGUUCUGAAAAUACACUUACUGUGCAAGRAAUUCCAACUGCCGAGGCAUUUAGAGGUGAAUCAACGCGGCAACUUUCUAGAGAGCCCACGGUUCAGGUGCCGGAUCCUCCAUCAAGCUACGAUCGUGGAUCCUAUCACAAGAUACAAUCUCGAUCCAGCAGUAACAAGACGAGUCUCGGAUUCGCCGAGUCAUCUGCGCCUCUACCGACCAUUAGUGAGGCUGGAGCACCUUCUUCACAGCAAGAUUCUGAAGAGAUCACCACUCGAGUCGUGCCGGAUUCCCAGAGCCAGUACCUCGAGGAAUCCACAUUCAGAGGCUUCUCUCCAACACAGCUACAGCUAGUAGAGCUCGAGUCAAACGUCAGUGAGCGCAUCGAACAGCGAGCAGAUAGCGGUCCUACCUUGACUGAGAACGCUUCUCAGACCGCGCGAUCUACGCAGCAAGCGAAAGACAGCCCUGAGGCUCAAACGUCGGGCGGUGCAGAACGCGCCGACAGCCCUGGAGAGGAUCGUACUGAGGCCGUGUCGCCCAUUGAUACCUCUGUUCGUGCUCAGCUUUCCACGGAGGAAUCUAGCGCAGCCAGUCUUUCGGUUUCGCAGCCAACUCAGCCUCACUCUCGACAACCUACUACCAAUUUCCCACACAGUACUCACGACAGAACUGCUGCUUCUGCCAUUCCACUAAGCGUCAAGGGAUCGCCUGCAAGACCAAAGUCGGCUUCACCUGGAAAUCUGACCCAGGAGCACCACCAACAGGCUUUUGCCGGACAAGAAAAGCAACUUGAAGAGUCUUACGUCGACUCCCAGGCAGAUCUGCCUGGCCGGUCAGAUCRGCAACAGCAAAACUCAACUCAUAUUGACGACUACAUCGUCAUCAGCGCUGAAGAAGAUCAGCCCUCAACUCUCGACUUGUUGACGCAGCCUGACUACAGUCCGCCUCCAUCAUCUCUGUWUAGUGAGAAUUUCCCGCAAACCAAGGGUGCAGACGGGAUUGACACGUCGGUCCAGCGUACAGACGUGACACUCGGAUCCACGCAAUCAUCGUUUCCGUUCGAAACUCAGCAACCAUAUCCCACGAAGAUCGAGAGCGAAUCACGGCAGAGUGCCCUUCUCACUCAGCGCAUUGUGUCUCCGCAUUCCUCAAGCCAGAUACCCUCCGUACCCUCUCAGUCCAUUGUUGCCAUUGGAGAAAGCGCGCCAGCACGACUUGCAACGCCAUCGCCUCUCUCGACCGCAACCAUGGAGCCGAAUUCGUCUUCUGGCAACCCGCUUCUUGAGAAGCUCAACGCGGUUCUUGAUUCCGGGAGAGCACGACGAAAAGCGCGACGGUCGCACACGCCUGCGGCAAGUGUGUUGAAUUCGGGCCAGACUGCUUCUGCUAUUCCGCCAAUGAUUAGCGCUGAAAUGGUGAUAGCAUCACAGGCUCGUCAAGCAGAUGGUGCCAGAUCGCCUUCUACUGUACCCGCAUCGGAGCCGGAACGCAUCAUCACUAAGGAGGAAAUGAGGACUUCCGGGCGGCUCCCUACCCUCGUGCCACUUGCURACGGCGCGGCAUCUGAACUGCAGCACAACGCGUUGACUGUGUCUGAAAGCUCAAAGUCAGCGCACGACGACCCCGAGCAGGUGGGCGUACGCGUUGUUCCAGUCGCGUUUGGCAACAUUCAGCGGGAUAGUUACAAGAAUGGCACGCAGUGGUAUCAAGGAGAAAUUCAACGCUUUGUCGACGGAGACGAUAGCCCCGAGCUUUAUGUCAAAGCAGAGGAGGCGUUAGGCGAGCUUCGACUCAUCACGAUGCACCCAGAUCUGAUCAACAGUGAGGCGUGCUUUUCACCAGCGUCGACACCCGAGCAAGCCCAGUGGGACCUAGACGCCAGUUGCAAGUUCCGCUUCUUGCGCGACAUUUUGGACCAGCUCCGCUCCCAGAACCGUGACCUACAUGUGGUCGUGACCGCCAAGGGCCACAUCGUUGCAGAGAUGCUGGUCAAUUUCUUACGGGCGAAGGGUAUCCAGUGUGCGAGGCUUACUGUGGCAGCUCAAGACACAGACGCUUCGGGGCUCCGUGUCUCCAUCUUGGACUUGGAUGUAGAGGUUUCGGCUGACGAGCGUGCUGAUGUUGUGGUGGCAAUGGAUGGCAUUUGCAGUGCUCAAAAUCCUUCAAUACAGGCUGCGCGUCGUUCAGGAAGAGACGACGAUUGGGCACCCCUACUCAUUCUCGUCGCACCCUGCACUGUCGAGCACAUCGAACGAUCUCUUUUGCCGAAUAUAUCGAACACGACCCGCGUCCGCACUCUACUGAAAACCGCUCUGAAUCUUCAGUUGCAAGAAGCGGCCGGGAGACUCACUCCUGGACAAGCGCCAUCUCAAGAAGCUGCUGCUGCAAUAGCUAGCUUUCUUGCGAGCCCAGCGGACUGGCCUAUCGAGGAACUCGGGAUAAUCGAUAAUCUCGAUAGUCAGACAGAGACGGACAUCGAUCCGACGCCGAAUGGAGGUUCUUCCAGUGGCGGCAAGCGGUCUUUUGAUGGCGAUAUCGACAUCUUGACUUGCAAUCCGGUCAAGAAACCCCGGGUUUCAUCAGUCGGGUUUGAAGGCGUACAAUUUCAAGAAGGAACAUUGCAGAUGCCAGCUACGAUCAACCCUCAAGAUAUCGAGCUCACACACAUCAGCGACUCGAUUGGAAAGGCGACGCAGUCUGCUCUGKACGAGACUGUCUCCUUGAGUGAAGUCGAGCAGCUACGCAGGAUCCUCAGUAACAAGCAAUAUGAACUACAGGAGCACGUCAAGGAAAUGUCUGAUCUUCAAUAUCGGCACGAAGCGCAGCACGUGGAGUUGGCCAAAACCAAGAACGAGCGUGAUGAGGCUAUCAUCACGGCGCAAAAUGCGGUGACGAGAAUGUCGCUUGCCGCGGACCAAAGUGCAGAGCUUCGCUUGGAACGCACAGAGCUGAAGAGACUGCUUGCUGAAGCAAAUAGCAAGCUGCUCGAUCAUGCCGUCCCAGAGCGACGCGAAUUCGAGACUUUGCGCCUCGCUCUGGAGCACGAAAAGGCGGCAAAGGAGAAGGCUGAGAAACGAUUCGAGCAGGCUCAGAAGGACGGCGAGUAUUCUCGAGAGAUGUAUCAAAAUACAUCCUCUCGGGCCAGAGACCUUGUGCAGCAAAACGCCGACCUCGAGUCACGACUCAGCUCUGCGGAGAAGCACGCAUCAGGAGAGCAAGCGAAAGUGCAGCAAGCGACGAAUACUGAGCAUCACAAGAUCCUCGCCAAGGAGAACARGAAGCUGAAAGCGCUGCUGAAGGAUCGUGAAGCUGGCAUGAAGUCCAAGGAUGAGGAGAUUACAAGAUUGAAGGAGGCUGGGAGAGGGCGUAUUGGCACGCGAGGCUCCUCUGUGCCGCGCAGUCCACGCAUGGCGAGCCCGGCGCUGAAGGGUCGGAAUAGUAGACAGACCAGUCCGACCACGGGAGAGGUGAAGGGAAGGCUUCAUCCUCUGAGGAAUGGUUAG